AAACGAAACCAGUUCCAAUCGAGAGUUCGAGAUAGUGAGUUCGCGUCAGUUAGUAUGACACUUCUCACGUGAAAUCGUGAUAUUGUGCGGUGUAGUUCGGUUUGAAUUUCAUCAUCACCAUGAUGGAAGACCCGACACAAGUGUUGUUUACAGAGUUACCAGUGCCCUUACUAUCUACAGCCGCGUUUCUUCGGCAUCACACCAGGUACCAGCCGUACCAUCUUCCUCAUAGGUUUCACAUUCAAGAGUUCGUCCAACAGCGGACCUACGAGGAAGAGCAAACGGAACUCGACUCCGGAAAAACGCACAUUUCCUGUCUUUAUCCCGAGAUCUUAGCUAUUAUCUUCAGCUAUUUGGACGUACGAGACAAGGGAAGAGUAGCUCAAGUGUGUACUACAUGGAGGGAUGCUGCUUACCACAAAUCGGUCUGGAGAGGAGUGGAGGCGAAGUUGCAUCUACGUAGAGGAGCGAAUCCGUCUUUAUUUCCAUCUCUAGUGAGACGGGGGAUCAAAAGGGUUCAAGUCUUGAGCUUAAGGAGGUCACUGCGAGACGUUAUUCAAGGCAUCCCCAACAUAGAAUCUUUAAAUCUCAGUGGCUGCUACAACGUGGCCGACGUGGGUAUCACUCACGGUUUCUCCGCUGAAUGUCCAUCACUCACCCAGCUAAACCUUUCCCUAUGUAAACAAGUUACUGAUAACUCGUUGAGUAGGAUAGCGCAAUAUCUAAAGAAUCUAGAAGUAUUAGAGCUGGGUGGGUGUUGCAAUGUCACUAAUACCGGUUUGGUUCUCAUCGCCUGGGGACUAAAGAAGCUUAAGAGACUGAAUUUGAGGAGUUGCUGGCAUGUUAGUGAUCAAGGAAUAGGACACUUAUCCUUCGCGAACCAAUCUUUGGAGUAUUUAGGACUCCAAGACUGCCAAAGACUUUCCGACGAAGCCCUAAAGUAUGCUGCAGCUCUAACCUCCAUAAAAUCUAUAAAUCUGAGUUUUUGCAUAAGCAUUACCGACAGCGGACUAAAACAUCUAGCCAAAAUGACCAAUCUUCGUGAACUAAAUCUUCGUUCUUGUGAUAAUAUCUCCGACAUAGGCAUGGCCUACCUAGCAGAGGGAGGUUCUAGGAUAUCCUCUUUAGACGUUUCUUUUUGUGACAAAAUAGGAGAUCAAGCUUUAGUGCACAUUUCGCAGGGACUCUUUAACCUGAAAAGUCUAUCACUUAGUGCGUGCCAGAUUUCGGAUGAAGGUUUAGCUAAAAUUUCGAAUACGCUGCACGAUCUGGAGACGUUAAAUAUCGGACAGUGUAGUAGAGUGACUGAUAAAGGUUUAACGAACAUAGCUGAAGCGCUUACUAGGUUAAAAUGUAUAGAUUUGUAUGGUUGUACCAGAAUAACCACCGUAGGACUUGAAAAAGUAAUGAAAUUGCCUCAAUUGAGUGUACUUAACCUCGGAUUGUGGCAUGUUAGGUGAAACGCGUUCCUUUAGAUAGCUAGAAUUUUUUAUACAAAGCAGUACAGUGGAGUUGUGUACAAAUAUACGAUUUACGCAAAUUUUAAAUAUAUUACUUCCAAUUAUUUUUUUACUGGUAAGUCAAAAGAUAUCAACAUUUAAAUUGGUUAAAGAAGAUAUACUGGUCAUUCUUCCUCAUUGUUCCCAGUAACUGAAAUGAGCUAUUUUUUGUUUUGUUUCAAACACAAUAAAAAGCUUAUGUUAACAAUUUUGUCAGUUGUCUCCAUUCUGGAAAAAUUACGUAAGACUCUGGAUUAAAUUACUAAUUGUUUGCUUUUUGUGUCUCUAUCUAGUAACAAAAUAAUCUGCAAAAGAAACAUAAGGAUUCUUUCUCAUAGAGGCAUCGCUUCAGCUACUCUUCUGAAUACUAACGUAAUAAUACAUUUCAAUGCAGAAAUUAUACCUACUAUUGAAUUUUUCGUCGAUUUUCAAAAAUUUUACAUGACUUCACCUGUUUACUGUUUUGGUUUUUGAGAAGAAUUUAAGUUUCACACAACUCCAGAAAUAUAUUAUAUAUUUUUAUAUAAAUUAUUCGAAGGCAUUAAUAAAAAAUAAGUUGUUGUUACCGACAACGUACAAUACGUUGAAUUAAAGUCUUUUUUCUCAUGGUUAUAUUAUAUACAUAUGUAAUUGUUUUUCAAGUAUAAUUGUUUUUCAAGUAUAAUUGUUAGAUUUUUUUUGAAAUGUAAACAUUUAUUUCUCAUUUAUUUGGACAUUAAAAAUGUCCAAAUGUUCUUCUCCUUGGACAUUAAAAAUAUGGGAUUCUACUGAUUUCGUACAGGAUUCCUAUCAUAUUCAAUCUCUAUUGAAUAUGAUAGGAAUCAUGUACGAAAUUCAAUAUCAUAUUCAAAUAUUUCACAACAUCUCAAGUUCCUGGAUAUAUGUCUUCCAAAAAUCUUUCCAUGUACAUAUCUUGCUUUAACGUUCUCUUUAUUCUUUAUCCAACAUAUUCAACCAGUUUGAUAUGUUUCUGUCUUACUAUUGAUCUUCCUCUUUUGGUUUGAUUAAUUUUGAUCUCUAGUAAUAUGUGAUUCACCUUUCGUCCUCUCUUUUGGUUAGGUGUCCUGACUUUCUGAGUUUCAAUAUUGGUCUAUAAAAAAUAACUAAAUUAUAAUAUUUUGUAUUAGGUAUUUUAGUACAUUUUCUUUCAUCCCCUUACUUUUUUUUCACUGUUAGAUUUUUAAAAAGUAUGGUGAAUUAAGGUGUAAAUUUUUUUUGCUGUUUCAUACUAGGUAUAAUCCUGUCAAAAAAAUACGGACACAUACAUUUUGUAUGUUUUUUUUAAUUCUGUAGGUGGGGUGAGGAAGUAUAUAUAUAUAAUAUCGGUUUACAACGUUCUUCGACGUCUUCCGAUUUCCAAUCUCCAUCUCGUUCUGUCAUUC